AGCCCCAUCGCGUACCGAACGCCGUUGCGCCGAACGGGUCUUUAGAAAACAAAAUAGGCUGUAAAAAGUGUUUGUAUCAUCAAAACUAGAAAUUGAGUAGAGUGAUUGAGAAAAUACCUUAUCAGUGGUCCGGUGACAAGUGAAAUAUCAAACCAACUAAAAGUGUGUGGACGAUUUGCAGUGGAUUUUCGUCUGGAAGGGGCGCAGACGACGAAGGGGGGCAUGAUUACGGCUGCGAUUUGCCGUUCUUCUUGGUGUAAACAGUUGUUCCUUGCCCAACUGUGGAAACAAUAGAGUUGUAAUCAACCGAUUGGUCGCCAGCAGCAGUGUAUAAUUAUAUACUACGGUUUCUUUUUGUCUACGUGUUCUUCAUGUACAAGUAAGCGCCGUGCUAGCAGAAGCCGCCCCGCGUAGCCUGCAGUGAAGGACCCGGCAUAGCAGAAUGGUUCGUAUACGGAGAAAAUUCGCCUUCAUCUUGUCCGGUGGCAGUAUCCUCUUGUUUCUGAUACUCUACGUAGUGCUAAAUUAUUCCGUCCCCGAACGUAAGGCGGACCCAGAUCUGUCGUAUUUGGAAAAUAAGAUUAAGCAGCUAGAAAGCGGACUAAGCAAACAUCGCCAAGAGUUUGGUAACAUACGAAAAGAGAUUGAUACCAUUCGUGGGGCGGUAGACGCUGGCGAUGAGGCGUACGCCGAUGGCAAGGUGGGCUCUAUGCUGGGCGACGGUGAGAUGAUAAAGGAGUCGGUCAUCAAUGCGAACGGCGGCGGCACAGGGACGUGUGCGUUGCGGGCGGAUGUGGUUCCGCAGCCCGACAUUCAGAUGUUGAAUCUGUAUGAGCAGGUUUCGUUCGAAAACGUAGACGGCGGUGCGUGGAAGCAAGGUUGGGACAUCAAGUACAAUCCGAAUGAUUGGAAUGCUCACAACAAGCUGCAUGUCUUCGUCGUUCCGCACAGUCACAAUGAUCCGGGCUGGAUACAGACGUUCGAUGAAUACUACGAGCGGUCGACUAAAGCGAUCUUUACGAACAUGCUGCGCCACUUGGACGAGAACCCGGGAAUGCGAUUCAUCUGGGCCGAGAUCAGCUACUUUGCACACUGGUACGAUCGGUUGGCGGCUGAGCAGAAGGACAUUGUGAAGCGUUUGGUGAAGAAGGGUCAGCUGGAGUUCGUCACCGGUGGCUGGGUAAUGGCCGACGAAGCCAACUCGCACUGGUACUCGGUCCUGUUGCAGCUGACCGAAGGUCAAACGUGGUUGAAUACGCGGCUCAACGUGACACCCAUAUCGAGCUGGUCGAUCGAUCCAUUCGGUCAGUCGGCUACUGUGCCGUACCUACUGAAGCAAUCAGGAUUCGAGAAUUUGCUGAUCCAGCGGACACACUACAUCGUGAAGAAAAAUUUGGCGUUGAAAAAGCAUCUCGAGUUCCGUUGGCGCCAACUGUGGGACACACGAGGUGAUACCGAUCUCUUUACGCACAUGAUGCCAUUCUACUCGUACGAUGUGCCGCAUACCUGCGGACCUGACCCCAAAGUGUGCUGCCAGUUUGAUUUCAAACGUCUGCCGAAUACGGGCGUCACCUGUCCGUGGCAUAUUCCGCCACGUCCGAUCAACGACCAAAACGUGGCCGAACGAGCCAACGCCAUUGUCGAUCAGUGGCGCAAAAAGUCACGUCUCUACCGCACGCGCAACGUACUUAUUCCACUCGGUGACGAUUUCCGUUAUACGACAAGCAGCGAAUGGGAGGCACAGCGCGUCAACUACGAACGGCUCUUCGAGUACAUCAACAACGAACCAUCGCUAAACGUCGAAGCACGCUUCGCCACGCUACAGGAUUACUUUGAUGCGGUCCGUGGCUCGGCGAAAGAUGUACAACAGUUCCCGUCGUUAACAGGCGAUUUCUUCACCUACUGUGACGUGAACCAAGAUUACUGGAGCGGAUACUAUACCUCGCGACCCUUCCAUAAGCGGCAGGAUCGCAUCCUGAUGCACUACGUUCGAUCGGCCGAAAUGUUGCACGCAUGGAGCAAUUGGGACUCGUCGGCUACUGCUGAAUGGGCAGCACUGGCGAAGCGCUUGGAGUACGCCCGUCAACAGUUGUCGCUCUUUCAGCACCACGACGGCAUCACCGGAACGGCCAAGGAUCACGUCGUCGAGGACUAUGCCCAGCGAAUGGCACGAGCAAUUGAAGAGUGCAAAUUCGUGAUGCAACAAGCCACGUACCGUCUGCUUACCAAAGCGUCCGUGUACGAGGCGGACCCGGCGUUCCACUACCUCUCGAUCGAUGAUUCUCGCCCGGUUAGCGGUUCAGAUAGCUCGCGGCCCACGAUCAUUGUUGGUGACGAGUUACCAACGAAGCAGGUCGUGCUGCACAACUCACUACCUCAGGUACGAUCGGAAAUAGUGGAGUUCUACGUGGCCACACCUUUUCUGACUGUACGCGAUGCCAACGGGGGAACCGUACCUUGUCAAAUCGCUCCGGUCUGGUCAUGGCAUACGCGUCCCGAUGGAGUUAGCCAACCGCAGCCAUCCAACACCAAGUUCCGGUUGCUGUUCCGUGCUACGGCACCACCACUGGGCAUUAGCGUGUACACCAUCAAUUCGCGAAGCAGUGCCAGCGAGUCUACUGGUGUCACCUACUCGAAAGUUAGCAUUCUGUCGAAGGCUCCCUUCACCGCGAAUCUAGCUGCGUCCUAUCCGGAAGAAAUUGAAUUCGCAGUCCCUCGAGAGGUUUCUAUUCGAGCUGGCGAGGAAAGCUCACCGGGGGCGGCAUUCAAUGCAAAGGGCCUCCUCAAGUCAAUUACGAUUGAUCAGGCGACCACCGUACCGGUACAUCUGGAGUUCUAUCAGUAUGGCAUGCAGUUGAGCUCGGGAAAGAGUGGUGCCUAUCUGUUCCACCCUGCUGGCAACGCGACUCCAAUGGCGUACGAUCAUCCGAUCGUGUUGGUCAUUCGAGGUCCGCUCGAGGCUAGUAUCACUGCCGGGCUUCCGUUUGCCACUCAUCAGACCAUCUUACGGGACGAGGUGCUUGAAAUACGGAACUUGGUCGAUAUCGGUAGACGCGAAAACACAGAGAUCGUCAUGCGUCUACAGACACCGAUCGCCAGCGGUGACACGUUCUACACUGAUCUGAACGCAAUGCAGCUCAUCAAGCGCAAGCGCUUCCAGAAGCUCCCACUGCAGGCAAACUAUUAUCCUGUGCCCGCGACGAUGAUCAUCGAGGAUGAAAGCUACCGUUUGACACUGUUGACUGGUCAACCACUCGGCGGUUCUUCGUUGAGCCCGGGUGAAAUGGAGAUCAUGCAAGAUCGCCAGCUUACGCGAGAUGAUGAUCGUGGUCUGGGGCAAGGCGUUCAGGACAACUUACCUGUGCUCCAUCUGUUCCGGCUGGUACUAGAGCCACGCGAAUCCUGCACUAAACCCGAUCCGGAGUACGCUGCCGGCUUUUUGACGCCUGCGGCGUAUAGCCAGCUGCAGAGCUUGUUACAUCCAAUGGAUAAGCUUAUUUUUAACGAGAACGAAUGGACCGGCGUGUUGAAUGAAGGUUUCGGAGCCCGGCAUGAACCACUGGAGCGAGGGAUGGAGGUGGUUGCGAUUCGCAGCCUGCCACAUGUCCGUUUUGGACGCGCCGAGCAUCCGCGAGCUCCACCAGCUUCAUCGACAGCACCGAUAGGGUUGGUUGUUCAUCGGACAAACUUUGACGAUUGCGGUUCCGAGGCGAACGCAGAAGGUUUGCUCAACAUCAAGAAGCUUUUGAACUUGGACGAAGGAAGCGAAAUUUUCAAUGCACAAUUGACGAUGCUGAAACCCCAGGAAGCGAUCCAAUCGGAGGAAGUUAGUUUCUGCCCCAUGGACGCCAAAGCAUUCAUUGUUAAGCGAUAAGCUAAUUUGGCGGGGUGCCGUUCGUGUGAGAAAAGAAAAGUUAUCAUUGUGAACUCGACUGCAGGCAAUGCAAGGCAAGCUUUUUCCUUGAAUGUUAAAAAAAAAACAAUUCAGAGGGCUCACGCAAACCACGAUGUACAAUCGCAUUUUCUUUGCAAAAGAAAACUAAACCAAACUUUUCUUAUUUAUUUAAGUCGUACCUAGCUGUUCGAGGGCUGUUUUAGAGUGUUUUAAUUUAACAAAAUGGGACUCUCGUGGCACAUAAGUUGCCACCAAGCUACACGAUAUCUUGGUUUGAAGUGUGCGUUAUAGAUGUGUGAUAAUUAAAAGCGCGACAAAACGAACAUUCGAACAUAGCUAGCAGAGCUACGGCCGUGUUAAACAUCGCUCGUCAUUGAAACUGAUCUUGGGGAUUGUGUAAUGCAUAAUGCGAAAGGCAACUUGUCGCAACAAACUUAAAAAUGAGUUUAAAGUGUAAGCUAAAACCAUGGGAGCACUAGUAGAUAAAACAAUAAAAGUACAGCAUUGAACUGAUUGA